AUGAGCAACAUUUGCUGCAGCUGGCCUGGGGGAAAGCUGCGGUUGGUGAUACGGAGCAUGGUGGUGGCGGGACAGAGCAAGACUUCGGUGGGCGUCCGUUCUUUCACACCUUGGCGCUGGCGCUGGCUGAUCCGUGGUGGUGUGCCGACACCACCUACCCAGCGGUCAUGGUGUGCCCUUUGCCUGAUGACCUCAGAUCUGGAUUGGCACAGCUGGCAGUUGACAGAUCGCCGGCAUCAAGUCCAGAAGGUCACCUGCAUGCAGAUGGCUGCUGCAUCAGCUGCGUCAAUCGGUGGGGCAGUCAAGAAGGCAUUGCUACAAGUGGGGCUUUUGCCUGCAGAGAUCACUGCCGGCAUAGGUGCCCCACCAGAGUGCGGUGUGGCCGCCGAAUGGCUUCCGAAGCCCGAUCCUGCGCCCUAUGGGCUUGCCAGUUGGACCAAGCUGCGCUGGGCCGAAGAUAUACCGCGAAACCGUUGGGUCAUCAGCUUCGUUCAACAGGCUGUUGACAUGGCCGAGAUGUACCAGCUCCCGAUGGGUACAGGCGGCUGGGUUCAGAUACGAGCUCUCUUUUGGCGGUUUCCACAGCUGCAUGAGGCAUGUUUUGGAACGGCACAUUUCCUUGCACGCCUGGUGGUCAAAGAUCAGACAAGGGCACUGGAUGCAAAAGUCGUCUCUGGUCGCGUGGCUGUGCGGCGUAUCAACGCUCUGGAGCGUCUACAAGGAUUUGUCGAGGACUAUGCUUCGAGGUUGCCACCUGCUGCUCACCUCUCUGUGGCAGAGCUCAUGGGCACUAGUCUUGUGGGGGAGCUCUGGUCAGAGCUGCCUCAGAAGCCACUUCUGGAAUGUCUCAGGCCCUGCGCGCUCUUCGAUGUGAAUCCCUCGGCCAGAGGAUUGACCCUGCGGCCCGCCGCCGAUCGCCUCCGUUUGGGCCUGGAGCGGCUCUUCAGGCAUCCGGAGACCGGGCGCCUACAUGCACAGCUCUCCGAAACAGGCUCUGUUCCAUUGUCCUCGCUCUUGCGCUACUUUGGCCAGCGGCUUUUGGGCGGAGUGCGCUUCUCGCCGCAGCAAGCGCUAGAGGCUCUCAGCUCGUCGAAGGAGCUCUUGGUGGAUCCCAAGACUUUGACCGUGCACGUGCAAGAGUGGCACAAGUACAACCUGUCAAUGCUGCCCAAAAUUCAGGAAGUGCCAGCGAACAAAGAGAGGUUGAUCCAUCUCGUUGCUGAACGAAGAGGCCGGUGGAGGAGGACUUCGACUUUCAGCUCGCAAUUGUCCGACAAACAACGUGUAAGGAGGAGAUUCCGCGAGAUCUUGGACUUCUACAUGCAUCCUUUCAACAUCCAGCACAACUGCCUACUUCGUCACGGAGCGGAUGAGGGCAGCUGGGCUUGGCCUUUACAUCGCUUGGCCGCGGAUUUCCCACGUGUGGAGGUGCUCGUGUCGUUGAUUGGGCCUCAGGAGAUGCCAUCCUUCCUGGAAGCAGUUUGCCAGGAACCUGCCGAAUACAUGGACAUCGUGUCGAAUUGGGCGACUGAAGAACCAGUGGUGAAGCCACGAUAUACUCCAGAUCUACGCAUGCCGGUCCUGAGCUGGUGCGGACAGAAUGAUGACUGGGUCUACAAGCACUUCGCCUCGCGCUAUGAGGAGCGGCCAACGGCACCGGAGAAUGCUGCGGUGAUUUUGUCGUGCAACCUCCAUUGCAAAGAGGUGCCGUCGUUGGAGCUGACCGCAUCCGGUGAGGUCCUUGAGCCGAACUUGGAGCAGCAAAGGUGGCGGUCUCGGGUGUUGCGGCAGCUCCUGGCGUACUCACCUGACAUUCUUUGCCUGCAGCAUGUGGAGGCUGAGUUGACAUCAUCAGUUUGCAGCUUGGAGAGGAACGGAGGUCAAGCAUCCUAA